CGGUGUCAAGAGAACAGAUCGUAAAUUAAAAACAACAACUUUCCUGUUAGGAACCUCUCUAUAUAAAUAAGGUAUACCAUUUGAUAUUCUAUCAGACAUUUAUUUCCUCAAUGAAAGGAAUGGUUCCUGAUAUUCAAAGGCUUUUGAUAGGCAUGUUGAUGCUGCUACCUCUACCCACACGCGGCCGCUCCAUCCCCCAACACUUCAACCCGGCGGCGGAAUGGUUUUUUCUGCAAGCGAUAGGUACCCUCCAUCAGUGUCGUGCAGACUUUGUGCCCGCCCUUCAAUGCCCUGCCUCUCCUCUCGAACACUCACCAUUUGACGAUAAUGAAUUCCUGGGAAAGCGCUCAACUUGUCCCUGGGUUAUGUGUAGAGAUUCGAACUCGCAUCGUCAACCACGUGAUAUAUAUUAUGCUAAGUGUUUAUGUACAGGUUGUAAAGGACAGUCGGGUGAAUACUCUUGUCAACCUAUUUAUACGGUUGUGACGGUUUCCAGGGUAACGAGUCGAGGUAUCCAUGACGACGAUAUUCUUCGUGUUCCUCUUGGAUGUACCUGUGCAAAAAACAGAUAGCGGAUUUCAGAUUGGUUGAUUGGAGAACCAUUUUCUGUGUACAGUAUCAAAUGUUUGCAAUAGAAUUUGGAUCGAAUUCUUGUACUAAAACUUGUACUGCCCUUUACAUGCCAGUGACUGUUUUACACAAACAAUUCUAUACUAGUCUCAUUUGUAAAUUAAUGGCAAUUUUGAUAAAAGAUGUAAAAACCAAAGCUUCAUAUUUUUCAUA